GUAACUUGGCGAUGUUUUAUGGUUAUACAGCUGCCGAUCUCUGCUACCGUAUACGAGCUUAAGACUGAGCUUCAGAGUCUUCUCAAUAUUCAGCCGGAAACAUGUGAGAUUUCUGCUUCUGAUGUAACGUUGGCCGAUUCAGAUCUCAUAGCAGAAGUUGCUGGUCUAGGCAACAAGAAACAAAUUAAGCCGGUUGUGUCUUGCUAUGAAGGCAACAAUUUUGUGUGCUUGAUACUAUUUUCUCUCGAAGCCGAGGAUAUCGAUAAUUCGGUGUCAGACCCAAGUAUUGAAGUUGUGUCGCUCGAAGGAAGCGCAUCGUCCGUCAGUGAGCUAUCCUCAGGAUCCAGUAGCGAAUGCGUACAGCCAUCCACGAUUGAUUGCAAACGUGGUAUUAAACGAAAAGGCCAGGGACAUGGAAAACCCAUAGAGACUAAACGGUUGAAAAAGCUUCUCGAAUCCAGUGAGGAGCGUUUACAAAGCCCCUCGUAUGGAUGUAUGGAGGAGGCGCGGUAUGGGAGACUGCAAUAUUUAAUCCAGAGUAUGAGGCCGUCAGUCUUAUAAACUUCCUACACCUAACAGCGGCCAGAGUUACGUGGCCAAGUGUCGAAACUUGUUUGCAGCGAAUUUUCAAGCUCCUGGAACUGCAGAACUCUGAUAUUAAGACGGAGAAAUGGGCAGUCAUCAGCCGGUGAAAUUUUGAUGAGAACGUCACCGAAAUUUGCCUCAAUGAACAGGUUGAGAUCUGGAUGGAUGCCGAGAGUGCGAAACUCA